AUGAAGCUGCAACUACACCAAGUGAUGUCGCAUCAAGUGACAUCAUAUUGCUUUGUAAAGGAAGGAUACCAUAGAGACAAUCCAGCGGGUGGAUUUUUAUCACCUUUAAUAGUAACUAUCAUUUGCGGGCUGUCGGUACUAAUAGAAAGUGACACAGGGGCCCCUCUCCUUGCUCAUCUCGACACUAACAUUGAUACUGGGUACAUCUCUCCUGCUUGCUGGUUCUCCAAAGCCCAAGGCGAAUGUACAAAGCCAGUAAACAAAGGUUAUUGCAGUGGGCGAUGCCCCCAGGCCGCAGAAGUAUUGUUUGGUUUUUACAAGGGGAUUCUGCCACCAAUCUUGGCUGAAACACCAAAAAGAGCAGUGAAGUUUUUCACGUUUGAGCAGUACAAGAAAUUGCUAGGAUAUGUGUCACUGUCGCCAGCUUUGACGUUUGCCAUUGCUGGAUUAGGAUCUGGACUAACAGAAGCUAUCGUGGUUAACCCUUUUGAGGUAGUAAAAGUUGGCUUGCAAGCGAAUCGGAACAAAUUUACAGAGGAUCCAACCUUGGAGUUUUUGAGAAAAUUUGGGAUUGGUCUUCUCUCAGGCACAAUAGCCUCAGUCAUUAACAUCCCUUUUGAUGUUGCCAAAAGUAGGAUUCAAGGGCCUCAACCAGUUCCUGGAGAGAUCAAGUACAGAACCUGUUUUAAAACAAUGGCAACAGUCUACCAGGAAGAAGGGAUUUUAGCUUUGUACAAAGGCCUGCUUCCCAAGGUUAUGAGGCUUGGACCAGGUGGUGCAGUGAUGCUGCUGGUUUAUGAAUACACCUAUUCCUGGCUUCAGGAGAACUGGUGAUUGCCUAGGAGAUAUUGAGAUCAUGGAUGUUUGCUCUACAACACCAUGAGGAGAGACUAGCAGCUCAGCUGAUAUGAUUAUAAAUUAUAAUUAUACAAUUACGUACAAUUAUUAAGGGGAAACAGUUUAUUCAAGAACAAAACCUAUUUUGAUACUUCAAAAAUUAUCUCUACACAAUUUGAGACUGUAGUUUUAUCUAUAUCCAUAAAUCUGUGCAAAGAAAAAUAGUUUGAAGUAAUGAGGUAUAUAAAUCGAACACAGAAAAUAGCAUAGA